GGCAGCUUUUUAGAGCUGUGCAAGUUACGAUGUAAGUAAUUCUUAUUUACAUAUAUUCAUAACAGCUAUAGUAGCAACAAAUGCCUAAUUGGCGUACAACGUAGGAAAUAAAGCAGCGAUGAGCUAUGCGUUCAGGGCGUAUUCGCAGUUGACAGCCUCGAGCAUACGGCGGUUUUCUGGUCGUCGUCUUGCUAGUUCCAAUACUUGGCCCCUGACCCGAAGAGUAAACCCGGACCCAAACACCCCUUUCCGAUAUUUUGCGACAACACAUCCCUUGAGAAAGGUAGACCUUAGUGACGAGACGGCGAGAGAAACCAACCAGAGAGACCAAGCCGCACACGAGAAAGAGGUCCGGGCCGGAAUCGAAGAUGCUACAAAACAACAGAUCAAACGCCCCUGGCAGAGGGAGGGCGCCGAUGAGCCUCCAGUCAACGACUCGAGACGUGAAAUGAACAAAGCCAUGACAAAGGGUAAACUUCUAACAACACCGACCCGCCUCCUAAAACUAAUUAUCCCCCUACCCGUCGAUGCGACACACGAUGAGCAAGGCAACAAAGGCGAAUUCCGUUCCCUCGCACAGAACGAGGACAUCCAACCCCUUGCUCUCCUCGUCCACCCCCAACAACCACUCUCCUACCUCGAACGACUAAUCCAAGCCGAGCUACCACCGAUCCGAGACAGCGAUGACCGGGAGAAGAUGCCCAGCGUGUACUUCCUAGCCGAAGGUUCGGAAAAGGACGAGUCGGGGCAAGAAACAGGAGCAAAGCGGGACAAACCCAACAUCGCGUCGUACUCGGGAUUAGGCCGCGAGGGCGCUGAUACACCUCCCGAACACAAGGACUGGGUACGAUGGAGUAGUAGCACUGAGAUCGGUGAUUUCAUCCGCGAUGCUGCGCGUGGUCGCGAAUUCGCGAUCGAGAUUACGGGACAUAAUACUGAGAUGCGCGUCGGCGUACCUAGUUUUAAUGACCGCACGCAUUAUAUGCGUGUUCGGUUACGGCGUAUGUCUCAUAAGAUUGAUGAGCUCUCGAAAAUCAAGUAUGAGUGCGAUAUGCUAGCUCAUCGGGGCGCGCAUCGCAUCGCCAAGGCUGGUUUUGUGGUUCUAUCGGGGUGGUGGGGCGCGGUUUAUUUCCUUACCUUCCACACUGACCUUGGUUGGGAUCUCAUGGAGCCUAUUACUUAUCUCGCGGGUCUUACCACUAUCAUGGGUGGUUAUCUAUGGUUUCUUUUCAUCAGUCGGGACCUAAGUUACCAAGCUGCGCUCAAGAUCACUGUUUCGCGGCGCCAGAACAUCCUUUACCAGGAGAGGGGUUUCGAACCGCAGAAAUGGGAGACCUUAGUGCACGAUGCAAAUGCAUUAAGAAGGGAGAUUCGGACUGUAGCCGAAGAAUACGAUGUCGAUUGGGAUGAAACCAAGGAUCUCGGCGGCGAGGGAGUUAAGGAAGUUCUCGAACACGAAGAGGAGAAACGGAAUGGAGGUGGUGAUAAUGAGCGCGAGAAUAGGGAUCGUAAGGAGAAUUCUAGGCAUAAGCCAGAGAAAAAUAACGAGUCAUGAUACCCGCAUAAUACACGUAGACAGAUAGAAUUUACGAAUAGCAUCAGUAUGGUCAAUCUAACACAUUGUGUAUGGUAAUUGCUAAUGAUGGUCCUGUGAUGAGAACUUUUUUUUUUUUUGUC